GGUCUACGUGGAUAUCAGCUGGGGAAUUUUCCGCGAAAACGGGAAACUUUUCUACCCUCUCUUCGUCUCCGCACAGUUCUCUUUGCGCCCGUACGCGCUUCUUUACGGUAAUGGUACUGAUGCGGGAUGAGUCAGGCUGUAUGAUGCUACUGCUGCUGCUGCUGCUGCUACCGUCGCUCUCUGCUGCCAUUUCAUCUGCGCUGAUUAGCUCCAAACACUCAGCAAACACAGAAGGGACUUUUCGGGAUCCCCACCACCACCUCCCGCCCUCCUCUUCAUCCUCACAGCCCGGCACCCCGCCGCCGCCCCUCUCCCUCAGACGCUAUUGACAACGGGGGGCUCAGUUUGAACCGGACUUCCGCAGGAUCCGUGUGUUUUUCAGAGAAGCUGCACCUGCUGCUCUGGAUGCGCUUCUGUCUCAGCUGUCCGAGACAGACAGGGGGCCCUGAUCGUAAGAAACGGAACAGCUCCGGAUUCCAGCGAAUUAGUCUGUACUAAUAAAAAUAAUUACACGGAGUCCUCAGAUUUUUUUAUUUUUUUUUAUUUUUAUUUUUUGCGGCCUGAGCGUCGAACCAGUCCGACUUGUUGGUGCCAUGGAGCUCUCAUCGGCCUGCUCCUGAACAGCAACACCGGCCUACAGCGAACCCACUUCCUGCUGCAACUCGCGCCGACGCACGCGCACCUCGGGCGCUCCACACCUCAACAGGACUGCAGCAGCAGCAGCAGCGCGCGGAGCGACGCAGUCGUCAUGGAGGCCAUCUGGCUGUACCAGUUCCGCCUCAUCGUCAUCGGGGACUCCACGGUGGGCAAGUCGUGUCUGAUCCGGCGGUUCACGGAGGGUCGCUUCGCCCAGGUGUCCGACCCCACCGUGGGCGUGGACUUCUUUUCCCGCCUGGUGGAGAUCGAGCCCGGGAAGCGGAUCAAGCUGCAGAUCUGGGACACCGCGGGGCAGGAGCGCUUCAGGUCCAUCACCAGAGCUUAUUACCGUAACUCUGUGGGCGGGCUCCUGCUCUUCGACAUCACCAACCGCCGCUCCUUCCAGAACGUCCACGACUGGCUGGAGGAGGCGCGCAGCCACGUCCAGCCGCACAGCAUCGUCUUCCUGCUGGUGGGCCACAAGUGCGACCUGGAGGCACAGCGCCAGGUGACCCGGCAAGAAGCGGAGAAGCUGGCCGGGGCGUACGGCAUGCGCUACAUCGAGACGUCGGCGCGCGACGCCAUCAACGUGGAGCACGCCUUCACCGAGCUGACCAGGGAGAUCUUCGCCUUGGUGCGGUCCGGCGACAUCACCAUCCAGGAGGGCUGGGAGGGCGUGAAGAGCGGCUUCGUGCCCAACGUGGUUCACUCGUCAGAGGAGGUGACCAAGAGCGACCGCCGCUGCCUCUGCUGAUCUGGGAGAACGGAGGUUUUGAAGAGGGAGUGUACGCCGAGCGGAGCCGCCGAUGACGGACUGAACCGUCGGCCGUCCAGACGGAGGAACUGUACUUCCUUCAGACUGAAUACGGAUUUGGACGGGUGGGGAAACUCGGUAACUCGGUUCUCGGUGUCGACGAACAUCACAACAACGAGCGGAGGACUUAAAGGGAUGAAUCCAUCUCUGUACAUAUUUUUUGUUCUCAGAGGGGGAAGGGUCAGAGUUGUUUCGACUGGACUGCUUUCCCAGAACGUCUCCCAAAGGCCUUAGAAACCGGAUCUGUUCAGAUGACUUUAUCGUUUUGAUUUCUGCCAUUACCUGCUCUCCAUUAAACACCUCUCAAUAUGCAAUUUUAUGAUCACAUAACAAGAGAUCACAUCUUUCUUUACUCGUUUCUUCUAAAGCACCAUAUAGCGUCGUUUGGUCGUGUCCUAAGCAUUCAAGUUGUUUCUCCUUUGCCGACAUGUUUCACACUCCAGAAAUUAAUAGAGGAGUCCUGGAGAUCUUAGAAAGAAACCUGUUGCUUUACUGCCUUACAAAGGUAUUUAUACCACUUAAACUGUUUUUUUUUUACUUAUUUUCAACUUUACAACUACUAAUUUCAAUUUAUUUAAUUGGAGUUUUUGUGGUAGUCCAACGUAAAGUGGGACAAAUGUGAAGUGGAAGUAAAUGGUACACAGUUUUCAUAGGGGCUCCGCACAACCUUUAAUGUCUUAAAUUCAUGGAUCUAAAAUUAAGGCCUUGAAAUGUCUUAAAGUGAUUAAAAAUGUAAGUUGGCCUUAAUUUUGUCGAGGCAAGACUAUAUGCUAUCUAGUUUGAGUCACAGACAUCUUUGCGGUAGCGGUUGAAGCUAGCACUAAUCAGCUGCUAAUGUACCUCUGCUGGCUAGCUAGGUUUUUUCAUCUUUCGUGGGUAAGUGGAAAUUAACUGCCACUUGUCUGGAUAAUUUUUAUAUUCGCCUCUGGCUAACAAACACAAUGCUACUUGCAUUUUGUUCAAAAAACCUGGGCCUUACUUCUAUAUAAAAUACGCGAUGUUCUUUUGUAAAUUUCUGUCAUGACACAAGUCUUAAAUUUUAUUCAUAUUGCCCCUGGUUCGGUCUUGAAAAGUCUUAAAUUUGAGUUGGUGAAACAUGCAGAAACCCUGUUUCAAAUCUGAAACAGGGUUAUCCCUGCUAUCCCUAAAAUGUCAUCUACCUAAACUGGCAGUGCUUGUGAGAAAAGUGCUAAUCAGAAACAGCCAAGAGGCUUAUUCUAACUUUGGAGGAGCAGCAGAGAUCCUCAACUCAGGUGGGAUCUUGCGUUAACAGGACAAGUAUCAAUAGUGCACUCCACAAAGCUUUGACACUCAUAAGUAGUACAGUUUAAAGUUCGCCACAAGCCAUGUAGGGAAUAUAACAAACGUGUGGAAGAAACAUGUCAAAAGCUGCUGAAGACCUAGGCCCAGUCAAAGUCGACCUCAAUCUUAAAAAAAUAAAUCAGUGAUAAAACUUAAAGAUCGAUGAUUCAAGACUUUCUCCAUCCAAUCUUUCAGAACUUGAACCAUUUUGCAAAGAAGAAUGGGCAACCAUUUUAAUUGCAGAUGUCCAACGCUAGUAGAGACAAACUGCAAGAACAAAAGGUGGUUUUAUAAAUCAGUAAGUUUCUAAUGAGAGGGGAACAGGAAAGAGGGCAACCAAACUCCUCUUUCCACCAAGGUAUUUUCAGAGGUUCUUCAGUCAUCCGCUACGUUGUGUUGGUCCAUAACAUCAAACUAAAACACGCUCGUAUUUGGUUGUAAUGUUGCAAAAUGUGGAGGGAAAAAAAAUUGUGGGUAAUAAAUACUUUUGC